GGAAGGCGUGCAUCCAAGCUUUUUUUAUUACUUAUAUACGGUCACAAGUCCGCACAGUAGUCGGUUGCUUGCAUUUUUUUCGACCAAGUGUUUACACUGGAACAGGUGACGAAACAACAGCUGUACAACAUAUAUAUAUACAUAUAUAUAUAGAGGUAGUCUGUCUCUCUCCCUCUCAUUAAAGAACAAGCUGAAUGAACAUUUUUAUUUUUCACAUGCGAUGAUUGGGAAAUAUUGUUAUCUCAUCUCGUGACUCGUGUGUGUAUAGUGUUGUGCGCUAUCUGUGCCAAGAUAUAUGUAUAAACUUAACCUGGUUUUACUUACCGAAACUCGAUCGACAUUGAUUCGUUGUUCACUGUAAACCGUUCUCCAACAAACAGACGGGCAGGACCUUGAGCUUGGGCUGCCGAUGCAUCGACCGCGGCCAUCUAUUCGGUACUGAUGGACACCAUAAAAUCGUUCCCAGAUUUCUUCUAGAACCGCGUCCUCGAGCCUGAGUUUAACCGUCGACGACACCUAAAAUUGACCGUAAACGCCUUUUGAAAAAAGAAAAUUUUUAAUUAUUGCCCGCAAGAACUAAUAAUUAUGGCUUAUCCAGGGCAGGCUUAUGGAUCAGGAGAUCCAUCACAGAUCAAUCCUCAAGUUCAACAAUGGUUUGCUUUAUCAGAUACCGAUGGUAGCGGAAGAAUUUCUUCUGCAGAAUUGCAAAAGGUCUUGGCUAAUGGUCAAGGAGGAACUUUUUCUGAUAAAGCUUGCCGCUUAAUGAUUGGAAUGUUUGAUAAAGAAAAUAAGCGCUCCAUUGAUAUCGUUGAAUUUCAAGCUCUUUUCAACUACAUCAAUGCAUGGCUAGGUGUCUUUAGAGGCUUUGAUCAUGAUAACUCUGGUAGUAUUCAAGAAGAAGAACUUGCUGCAGCUUUUACUCAAAUGGGCUACAGAUUCAAGCCAGAAUUCAUUAAUUUUUUAAUCAAAAGAUAUGACUGCAGUCAACAAGGCAGCAUUACCGUUGAUCAAUUCAUUGUUUUAUGUGUUCAAAUACAAAAGUUUACAGAAGAAUUCAGGAAAAGGGAUACAGACAUGACUGGAACAAUCAAUAUUGAGUUUGAAGAUUUUCUUGGUGUUGCUCUUAGUACUGAUGUUUAAAAAUGUCUUGUCCAUGUAUUAUCGUCUAUUUCAACUUUUUUAUCGCAAUGCAUCACAAAAAAUGAAAUUUUGAGUUGAGACGUUUGUAAGCAAUGUGUUUUAUUGUGCAUUUAAAAUUCAAACUUUCUAUGAGCAAUUGUUGUUUGUAAUAGUUUUUCUGCGUAUAAAUUGUACAUACAUAUGCUAAUGGUAAAAGAUCUGCUGUGAUUUUAAAAUAUAGGCAUAAUUUUAAUUUUUUUAAAUGCUUACAAGUACAAACUUGAGCCUUGAAUUGUAAAAUAAAAAAUUUAUAUUUCGGAAUAAACUAUAUUUUAAGGAAUUUUUAUUUAAA